UCACUCUGACUGAGAGGAGAAAUGGAGCAACAGGCAGUUCAGCUGGACCCAGAAACUUUCUCCUGUUCCAUCUGUCUGGAUCUACUGAAGGAUCCAGUGGCUAUUCCCUGUGGACACAGCUACUGUAUGAUCUGUAUUAAAAACUUCUGGGAUGGAGGUGAGAAGAAGAAAAGCUACAAUUGUCCUCAGUGCAGGAAAACCUUCACACAGAGACCUGACCUGCAGAAAAACACCAUACUAGCAAAUUUAGUGGAGCAGCUGAAGAAAACUGGACUCCAAGCUGCUCCUGCUGAUCACCGCUAUGCUGGACCUGAAGAUGUGGCCUGUGAUGUCUGCACUGGAAGAAAACUGAAAGCCAUCAAGUCCUGUUUGGUCUGUCUGGCCUCUUAUUGUGAGAAACACCUUCAGCCUCAUUAUGAUUCAGCUCCUUUGAAGAAACACAAGCUGGUGGAGCCGUCCAAGAACCUCCAGGAGAACAUCUGCUCUUGUCAUAAUAAGGUGAUUGAUAUCUUUUGCCGCACUGAUCAGAAGUGUAUAUAAGUCUUAUUCUAGUCAUCCAGACAAAUUCACUGAUUAUUCUCAGGUUCUGAGUAGAGAGAGUCUGACUGGAUGUUGUUACUGGGAGGUGGAGUGGAGCGGGUCAAAUGUUUUUGUGGCAGUCGCUUACAAGAAUAUUAGCAGAGCAGGAAGUUGGAAUCAAUGUAUAUUUGGAUAUAAUGACAAA